GCAAGACGUAUCGGUCCAAGUAAGUACAGGAAGACAAUGUUUGGUAAAAAGAAUAUACUUAGUACCAGAUUGAUACACCAUAAACAGUUCUGGCAACUGAAAAGAUUGAAUUCGACACAAUUCCAAGAUGAGUUCAAGGUAACCAUGUCUCGGAUAUGUUCACCGGCCAUGAUACUUACGGCAGGCUGCGAGCCAAAGAAAGGAUUGAAUAGCCUUCACGGAAUGACGUUAUCAUCGGUGUGCUCACUUUCUGUGUAUCCAAAUCCUUUGCUUCAAUUCAACCUACAUCUACCUUCGUAUACUUCAAAAUCUUUACAUGAAAACGACGGAUAUUUGGCACUCCAUAUGCUACCUCCAAGCCCUAAAGCUGCUUUGUUAGGUAGGACAUUUGCUAGUGGAAUUAAGAGAGAUCCAAGGCACUUUGAUACAAAACCAAAAGUUAAUGAUGACGGUUCAAUAUUUCACGAGAUGACAACCCCAUUUACCAAAAUUGAUAGUAAUGACUUCAUAAUGCAUAAAGUGAAUGAGGAAGUUGAAAUACCGAUAUUGAAGGAGCUGGAAAGAGUGUUUGUAUGCAAUAAGAAACAAGUUUUCGAGGUCGACAACCAUGAAAUAUGGGUUGUUAAUGUUCUACAAAUAUUAAAUCCGAAUGCUAAAUAUUCUCAACAAACAUCAAAAACUGGAGGUUUGUUAUAUUACGAUCGAGGAUUCCAUAAAGUUGGUGCUUCCUUAAGGGAUUAGACUUGCAUUUACAUUAUCAUGGGCAUUUCUUG